ACAUAAUUGCUUAAAGACGCGAACACAAACAAAUAUUACUCAGCAAACUAAAGGAUACCUGCUCGGUAUUGCUCUACCAAAAACACAAAUAUUUCUUGGAAGGAUCUAUUGGUUGCCUUUGCUCUGAGCUAUGUACUUAGUAACAAAUGGAAAUUUUUCUCAUUGUACAAUAUACUGUCGAACAGCAAAGUUUUAAUUGUCUUAGUAAAUUUUUUGAUAGAAUCAAAAUUUAAAAAUAACAUUACAGUUUUGAAGGAUGACAAGCACCGAAGGCAAUUUUCGAAGAAAUAAUAUUUAUAUAAGCGAAAUGCCCAAUGAAAUGAGCGGAAACCAGCUCUGGCCUCAUUUCAGUAAAUUUGGCAAAGUAGUAAUGGUUCGCAUAGAGUCUGACGUAAGUGAUGAGUAUCAAAGGGCUUUUAUCAGCUUCAGUGAUGCGGGCGCGGCCUCCAAAGUACUCAGGAAGAAAUUUCACACUGUUAAUGGUUUUCGUCUGCCCGUUUUUCCCAUCGAUAAUUGGAAUCAGCCUGCGGCAAACAACGCCUGCUGUUGUUGGCCAAGUAACGGGAAAUCAAAUAAAACAACAGACAUUGCAAUGCCGUUAAAUGGCUCCAAUAUGUUAUCGUUAAAUGAUGAUUGCUUGGAAAUUAUUUGUGCCUCAUUGAAUCUGCGUGAUCAAGUGCGUUUUGCGAAUGUAUGUGAACGCUUUCGAGAGGUUUUCACAAUGUUCUCCAAACGAGAAUAUAAAACAUUCCAGCUGGAACUAAUGCGGGAAAUGGCAUUGUGGGAAAAGCGUGAUUUCUUUCGACACGCUGGUAGUAAUAUUGAGCAUAUAAUAGGAGAAAUUUCUUGUGAAGUUACCGAGCGCAUGGUACAAUGUAUUGUAGUGCACUGCCCUAAUGUGAAAAAACUUUGCCUUGAUAAUACCGCUAUGAUGCCGGACUGUUUUACGACAUUAAUGUGGAGCAUGCCAAAGUUGGAGGAAUUAACUUGGAGUGAACUUAAUUAUGUUGAUGAAUAUACCAAAUCGAUGGCACAUUUAAACAAACUACGUUCAUUAUCAAUAUGCGGUGGCUACGAUUUCAGGGGAAAAAAUAUACGCCUUUUGGUUAAUGUGAGAGAACUGAAAUUGUUUAACUGCAAAAAUUUGGACUCCACAAAUUUGAUAGACGCAUGCAAAGCUUUGAAGGACUUAACGUCGCUGGACAUUCGACGUUGCUUACAUAUUUCAGAAAUAUUUUACAGCAAUUUAAAUAUCUAUUGUAAAAAUCUGGAAGUGCUGAAAAUGUCAUACCCUAAUGUGGCCUUUGCGCGAGUUGCGCUCCUACCGAAACUGAAGCAAUUCGAAUUGUUGGAUUACGUGCCAACAGGCAUAUUAGAUUAUGCUAUAUUUGAUGCGCUGGUCCAGCAAAAAGCUAAACAGUUGGAAGUCCUAAAAAUUGUUGCUAAAAAUUCAUUAAAUUCACAACAUAUAACGCUGAUAUCAAAGUUAAAACAAUUGAAAGUUCUAUUUCUUGCCAAUAAUGAUGCCGUCACUGAUUGUGCCCUAAGAAAAUUGAGCAAAUUGCGUCAACUCGAAGAAUUAACGAUCAGAGGAUGUGUAAAAGCAACUAGCAGAGGUUUGCUGGACUUGUUUAAAAACUGCGGAAAACUCCAUUACAUAAAUGUGCAAUUUUGUAAAAACAUAACAUGCGAGUUCGUUAAAGAGGCAACUUUUGUAUUGAAAGCCGAAAAACGUAAGCGCAAAAUGCCCUUGCAACUUUUGGUAUAUGGUUCUUCCAUAAAUUACUUCGCAUUGUCACUGUGUCACGAAUACCUAGUAACUAAACGAGAAUCAUUUUUCGAAAUAGUGUUUCACAAUUCAAAUCCAUAUCUUGGCUUGGAUGAUGGUGUCGACGUUUAUGACACCUGCGAGGGUGAUUGCUGGACGGAUGAGGAGGACGAUGCAAUCACUAUUGCCGAUGAUGAUUUCUAUUUUCCACCCUCAGAACAAAAUGAUGAUGAUAUUGAAUGAUGUACUCCAAUUUUAUUUAUUCAUAUGUUUCUAAUGGCGCAGUAUAAUCUCUCCAUGCGUGAAAAUGGUUUACAUACAUACAUAAGUAUUAUAUAUUUUAUGUAAAGAAAUUAUUUAACAUAUAGUCCGAGUUUACACGGGGAUACUUUUUGUCCA